GUUUGAUCACGCGAGAACGAGCGAGAGCGAGCGGGGCUUGAGAAGCUUGGGAGACCAAUCACGGCGACCGGCAGGCUGGAAAAUGGAGGUUAAAAGUCGGGCGGAAGUUCCUUAAGCUUCCGGUGACCGGUCUGCGUUGGCACUAUGGCUAAACAUCAUCCGGAUUUGAUUUUUUGCCGCAAGCAGGCUGGUGUUGGUGAGGCAGCGUCCUGCCCCGGCUGUCUGAGUGGGGAUUGUAUUAGGAGCUGGGGGGUCAGAGGUUCCCAUCUCAUCCUUAGGGUUUUGUCUCUGAAGCGCCAGGUUUCCCGCCUCACGCCAUCGGAAGACUGUGUGAAAAAUGGGCGCUGUGUGAUCUGCGGAGGCCCUGGAGUCUCUGAUGCCUAUUAUUGUAAGGAGUGCACCAUCCAGGAGAAGGAUAGAGAUGGUUGCCCAAAGAUUGUCAAUUUGGGGAGCUCUAAGACAGAUCUCUUCUACGAACGCAAAAAAUAUGGCUUCAAGAAGAGGUGAUUGGUGGGUGGCCUCUUCCUCCCACCAAGCUGCUACUGCCGCUGCCAGAAAAGAUGCCUACCACCGCCAGCACAGAAGGAGUAGUGCAGAGCACCACCUGAGUGCCUGUUAGUACGCUGGCCCCUCUCCAACUUUCUUCUCCUCUUACCCAGACACGUGAUAGGAACAGAAAAAGAAUCUUCACAGACCACUCUGGCAGACCAUAGCAGUGAAAAAUUAAUAGAUUGGGUCAUGAUUUUUCUUGAAUUCAAAAAACAAGCUUUGUUUUCCAAAUUGCCAUGUUCUCUCUACAUUGAGAGCUUCUGAAACAGGAAUAAUAUCAUCUCAGUCUGCUGUUUGAGGAAUUGACUGUGAAGCUACCACAGUGAGAAACCUGUUCUUGGCAGCAGCUCUGAUGGCAGCUGUCCUUGAUGAGACAUCUGCAGUGUGGUGGAGAGCUCCCGGAACAAUCGAUGUGGGCAUUGAAUCUUGUAACACUUAGCAGGUGGUGCCUGUUCAUGUUAUUUUUCUUCUAAGAACUUGGAAACCCUUUCUGUUGCUGUUUUAUUAAUAAAGCAGGUGUUUCUUUUCUGGUA